UGCGUUGCCAAUCAUUACUCGGCAUAUUUUGGUCGAAUAACAAAAGAAAUUACAGAGUUUUCUUGAAUUUGUCGAAUAUUUGCUGGAUUUUACUUACAAAUAAGGUUGAAAAUGGUCGCCCAAGAGAUUCAGGAUGUCGAAAUGGAAAAUGUUGAAGUAGAUCCGGAGGCUGUUAAAAAGGAUGCCGAUCUCGCAGCCAUUCAGGAAAUCAAGGAACACAUGAAACAGAUCGAAAAGGGAGUUACGAGCAAGGAGCCUCGUUUCGUUCUUCGUGUCUUACGAACGUUGCCAGCUACUCGUCGCAAGUUGAAUCCGAUUGUUCUGCGUGGAUUGGUGUCGCAAUUGUAUCCCGUUGGCGAACGUGAUGCCAUUUUGCAGUACGUCGAAGUCGGUACGGAACCUGAACUCCCAAAAGUUAAAAGCUUGAAAUCGCCUCUGCCUGAAGUCGAUGCGUAUUUCCAACUUCUCGUCUUGUUACGUUUGCUCGAUAUUAACAACUUGGAAAAAAGUAAGGCUUGCAGCGAGGAACUCAUGCAAAAGUGCAUCUCACAAAAUCGUCGCACUUUGGACUUGAUUGCUGCCAAAUGUUACUUUUACCAUUCUCGCGUUGCCGAAUUAACGGAUACGCUCGAGGGCAUUCGGGGUUUCUUGCAUGCGCGUCUUCGUACCGCGACUUUGAGGAACGAUUUUGAGGGUCAAGCUGUCAUUAUAAAUUGCCUUCUUCGCAAUUAUCUGCAUUACUCGUUGUACGAUCAAGCGGACAAGCUCGUGAAUAAAUCCGUUUUCCCCGAAACGGCAAGCAACAACGAAUGGGCGCGUUUCUUGUACUACUUGGGACGCAUCAAGGCAGCGAAAUUGGAGUACAGUGUCGCGCACAAGCAUCUUAUUCAAGCUUUACGCAAGGCGCCGCAACAUGCUGCCAUCGGAUUUCGUCAAACGGUGCAAAAACUCAUCAUUGUCGUCGAAUUACUGCUUGGCGACAUCCCCGAACGGCAAAUUUUCCGUCAAUCGGCGUUACGACGAUCACUUGCCCCAUAUUUCCAACUCACCCAAGCCGUUCGCAUGGGAAAUUUGCAACGUUUCGGUGAAGUUUUACAAAAUUUCGGCGAUAAUUUCCGUGCCGAUCACACAUUUACGUUAAUUAUUCGUUUGCGACACAACGUCAUCAAGACGGCAAUUCGUUCGAUUGGUUUGUCGUACGUUCGGAUCUCGCCGAAGGACAUUGCCACGAAACUCGGAUUGGAUUCGGCCGAAGAUGCGGAGUUUAUUGUGGGAAAGGCGAUUCGUGAUGGUGUCAUUGAGGCAACUCUCGAUCCGGAAAAGGGAUUUAUGAAGAGCAAGGAGAGCACGGAUAUUUAUUCGACACGCGAACCGCAAUUGGCGUUCCAUCAACGGAUCUCCUUCUGCUUGGAUUUGCACAAUCAGAGUGUUAAGGCAAUGAGAUAUCCGCCAAAUUCGUAUGGCAAGGAGUUGGAAAGUGCCGAAGAACGUCGCGAACGAGAACAACAAGACCUAGAAUUGGCAAAGGAAAUGGCUGAAGAAGAUGAUGAUGGAUUUUAAAUGAUUCAAAGUACUGUAAUUCUGUAUAAUCCGCUUUUUUUUUUUGAAAAAUAAUAAAAAAAAAAAUCUUUGAAAAUUUA